AUGAUCAAUCAAACUGUAAUCGAGCUGGACUCUUGCGAAGAAACCUAUGAAGACAUUAACGAGGUGUCCGAUACAGUGUUUUGUUCUACUAUCGUAAACUCAAACCAACCAAACGGUGCUUGCCAGGGUGACUCAGGUGGACCUGUAGUAGCCAACAACAAACUGCAAGGACUGGUCUCGUGGGGUCUAGAUUGCGAGGAAAAAGGUUUCCCAGAUGUGAACACUAACGUUUAUUUAUUUAAUGAUUGGAUUAAUCAGCAUAUCAACAAAUAG